AUGACAGUUGUUCUUGUUUCUACACCAUUUGACAACUUUAGAAUUGAAUGCCCUCAAAGGCAUGGUGUACAAAGAUUAAAUAUACGAAUGGCUGAGUCGCAAGGAUACAAAAGAACAGAUGCUGUCUUUUCUAUUAGUUGUGGAAAUAUUCAGGAUUUAUCACCAUGGGAUACAAUUCCUGAUAGUAUAGCAGAUAUGGAAUAUGAAGAUUGUCAUUAUACUGAAAGUUUUGAUCCUAUUUUAGAAAAAAAUAAAAAUGUUACAUGUGGAACACGAAAAUAUUUAUCUGGUAUUACACGUAUUUCAGGAACAAAAACAAGUUUAAUGUGUUGUAAACUUAGAACAAGAGAUGUAUCCAAAUGUAUUGAAAAACAAUUUGAAAAACCAUUAGAUAAUGUUGGAUUUGUUGAAAUUCAACAUGAAGGAAUGCUUAUUAAUGGUAUUAAUAUAAUGGACAAUUCAUAUUCAAUUAAAUUUUGUAACUUUAUGCCAAGAGCUGUUGGUUUUAUUUAUGAUGAAGUUGCUACAUUAACACCACGACCUACAACAACAAUACCAACUUCAACAACUGAAAUGGUAACUCAAACUAUUUCACCUAUAGAAAAUCAUUCUCAAUCAAUGUUUCCUAGAUUAAUUUCUAGUAAUGAAUUAAAAUCAAUUACAAAUCAAAAUGUUGAUUUUACAUUAAGAAAUAAUUUUCAAUAUUUACCAAAUAUUAAAGAACAAAUCAUAAAAUCAGAUGAAAAUAAUAGUAGAGAUAUGAUAAAACAAGAAUUUGUUCCAAUGAUGAUUGAUUUUGAGGAAGGAAACAAUAAUCAAGCAGCAAAAAAUGAAUUAAAUUUUAAUGAUGAUAACAGUAAAUUAAUUAAUUUUAUAAAUAGUAGUAAUUCAAACAAUUACAAUGAUGAACAUAUAGAAAAAAAUUUGAAUAUACCGUCAGAAUCAAUAAAUUCAAAAUUAUCUAAAGUUGAAGAAUUUCAAGAUUACAAUCAAAAGGAGGAAUUAAUAAAUGAUGGAAGACAAACCGAAAUAACUACAUCAGAAUUAAAGAAAGAAAAUUCAAUUGGUAAUAUAACUACAAUUGAAACUAAUAGUAAUGAAAAUAUAUUACCCCAAAUUGAACCAAUAAAUAAUUUACCAACAAUUAACUCAUCUUCAAAAUUAUCAUAUAAUACACAAUAUAGACAUAUUCAAACCAAUCCAAUUAUCAUUGAGGAAGAAAUAAUUAGUAACCAUUCUAGUCAAUUGAAAGCAUUAAAAUCAUCAGAAAAGAAAGAAUUACAUUCAAAUAGUUAUGAAAAUAAUAUCAAUAUACUAAAUUCUCUUAAAAGUGCAGAAGAACUUCCUCGUCCAAGCCCUUUCCCAACAAUUUCUAUGAGUACAUUUCAAUCAUUAUCAUCAACAAAUACACCUUCAAAUGAAAAAAUUGAUAUUGCUAAAGCAACAGUUGCUAAACUUCAUUAUUCAUUAAAAUAUAAUAAGAAAUAUAAUCAUAGUAGAAGUGCUUUUGGAAGUAAAAUUUUUAAAGCAUCAGAAGAUAAUGAAGUAAAACAAGAAAAUGAGACAACUACAAAUCAACUUUUGUUAACUACUACAACAAAAUACAGUACAACGCCAUACAUCCCAAGAAUGAGCAGAAAACUUAAAAAUAAAUUUGCACAAAAUAAUGUUGAAACUUUUACUAAAGAUCCAAUAACAUAUGAAACAACUACACAAAAAUCAUCAACAACAAAUAAUUUUAAAAAUAUAGAAAUAUCUUCUAUGGAAAUUAAACCUAAAUAUACAAAUAAAGAAUUAAAUGAAAUGGAAAAAAAUACCAAUAUUAUGAUAAGUAAAGUUGAUGAAUUUGCUCAAAUUCCAUUUGAUGAAACAUUUGUUCCAAAAGAUUCUUAUUCUAAUUCAGAAAAGAAGUAUGAAAGUAUUAGAGAACCAAUACAAGAAGCAAUUAAUGAACAAUAUCAUUUUAAUGGAUAUCCAUCAAACGAUUUCAGUACAAAAGUUACACAUUAUCAACCUCCUGUUAACCAUAAAAGACUUAAUAAACCUCAACCUUCAUCAACAUAUUAUGGUAAAAAUAUUGGUGAAGAUGACUUAGAAGAAUCAAAUAACUAUAAUAAAGGACCAACGGUAGAUGAAGAUACAGAUAAUUCUCCAUUUGAUGAACCAAUAGAUGUAUCAUUACUUCAAUCUCAACAAGAGAUGAAAUCAUCAAAUUUAAAACAUACUGAAGAAUUGGAACCACCUAAAGGGAUAGAUAGAGAUAUUAUACCACAAAAUUAUUUAACUUCUCAUGACAUAAGACGAGCUCCACAAAAAACCCAUAUAGAUAAUCUUUAUCAUCCAAAUGUAUUAGAAAGAAUUAGAAAUAUUCCAUCAACAUUACCACCUUUGACAAUUUUUAAACAUGAACAUAAAGAAACUCUUAUGCCAUUACAACCGUUAACAGUUAUUAAAGAAGACAUUGAUACAACAAAAAGAAAUUAUAACAAUGAUGAUAGUCUAACAACAACAAUAGCAAAUAGUGAAUAUUUACUUAAGGAGAAUAAUUCAAAUAAUGAAAAAAUAGAAAAUAAUUUAAAUACCUUAUCAAAAAUUGAAGAAACAAAAACAUCAUUAUUAACAACAACAGAAAUUACAACAACAUAUAAUGCUAGUGUCUUUUAUAAAGUACCUAGAAUAAAAAUUCCAAGAAAAAAAGAAAGAUAUUUAACUUUUUGUACAAAAGAAGAAGCAAUAAGAGAUGAAAAUAAUCUUGUUAUAGCAUGUGGUGGUGAUUAUGAUAUAUGGAUACCACCACGUUGUCCACAAGGUUCUAGUUGUUUUUUGACUAGUGAUUCUACUUAUAGAAUUUGUUGUCCAGUAUCCUCAGGAUAA